AUGACAACAAAACAAGAUGUUAAACUAAAUACAAAAAAUAAUAUUAGUAGAUCUUCUCCAUUUCCACCAGCUUUAUAUCAAAUACAAUAUCCAAAUUGUCGUACAGGAAUGUUUAGUCUUCGUGUACCAUUUAAAAAUUUUCAUAUGAAUAAUAAUCAACAACAAAUAUCAACACAUAGUUCUACUCCUAAUGUUAUACAUCCAGAAUAUUUACAUGUUAAUCAACUAAAUCAACAAGAACUAUCUAUUGCUCGUCAUUCAUUACAACGAGAUGCUCAAGUUCAAUGUUCACUUGUAUCUUUAGAUAAUCAUGAUAAAAUAGAUAUACAAAGACAAAAAAUAUUUGUAACAAAUUCAUCUGAUAGUGAGUAUUUUAGUCCUCGUUAUCGUGUUCAAUUACAAUUACGACCAAUGCAACCAAAUAUUUAUGAAGUAUGGAAUGUUGAAACUCCACCACCACCACCACCACGAUCAAUUCCGAUAAAUGAACCAAUUAAACAUCGAGAACCAUCGAUACGUAUUCGUUCGCCACGUUUAGUUGAUAUAAAACCUAUGAGUGAUGAUGAAUCUGAUUAUGAUGAUCAUAUAGUCUAUACUCAUCGUCCACGAAGGACAUAUUUACCAGCAAACGUACGAAUGGUAUGCGUUAGACAAGACGCAAAUACAAUUUGUUAUUAA